AUGCGAAAAGUAAGGGUCAAGAGGCAUAAUCUGCAUUUGCCGGAGGAGCACAAUGGCAGAGUGCCAUUCCCUGGACGCGCCCAUGGCUUAGCAGGCCAUAUACAUAUAGACCGGGGUGCCGGAGGAUCAGACUCCAUACCGCUUCUGGAAGAACAAGACGAGUCUCUGGCUGGACCUUCCCACGAUCCCAUAGACGACUCUUUUUCUAUAAGCGCAGAGGACCCGUACAACAGCUACCACAGCACUCCGUCUGACUUCCUCAAUAACUACAACGACUACCCCGACGAGCCCGGCAUCCCACUACUACCAAUGGAGAAAGACCACACCCACGAAAAGGGCCACUCGGAUGAGCACGUCAUCAUCGACACCGCCGAGGUGCUCGAAGACACGUGCUUCUACGUGGCUUACAAGCUCGGCAUUGCCACCGUUGACGACGAACCCUUCCCGGAGUCCGUUUCCUACAUUGCCCUCAAGGUUGACGAGAUGGGCGAUGAAGAGGCGCUAGCCAUCCUCAAACGCCACGUGGAGUACCACAAGGACGACCGAAACAUCCCCGAGUCGUCCAUGCUGCUCUGGCGGUCGCUGAUCCGCCAUUCUGAAGAGUAUGCCCAAGGAAACAUCUCCGAGUCUGGAGAAGCUAAUCCCUCUCUUUCGGCCAAGAAGAACACUGAGUCCACAGUCGACAGAGUGGCCACCCGAGCGACCUACGAAGACGGAUCUGCCGAUCUCGACCCCGCUAACAUGUCUCCCAACGAACUGAGCCUGGCUAUUCGAUACCAUGCUGCCAUUUUCCACUACUGGUCUCCCUACAUCGAGGUACGAUCAGUCACAGACCCCUUUGACGACCCCAACCUGCCUGUGGAGACCAUCCGAGCGUACCUGGCUGGAAUUAUCUGGCUCAUUGUUGGUGCUGGAGUCAACCAGUUUUUCUCUGUGCGAAUGCCUGCCAUUUCCAUCUCUACCAUGGUCUGCCAGCUGCUGCUCUACCCCACUGGCAAGGCACUGGAGUAUAUUCUGCCCGAUAAGGGCUUCACAUUCCGUGGUACCCGACACUCGCUCAACCCUGGGCCCUGGAACAACAAAGAACAGAUGCUGGCCACCAUGUUCAUCUCCGUCGCCAUCGGAGGCACCUACAUCACCUCCUACAACCUGUUUGUGCAGAUUCUGCCCAUGUACUACGGAGUCGACUACGCCCGACAGUUUGGUUACACUCUGACCCUGACUCUUGCGUCGCAGUUUAUGGGUUUUGGUUUUGCGGGUCUGCUCCGAAAGUUUGUCGUCUACCCUACCAAGGCCAUGUGGCCAACUCUGAUGCCCACUCUGGCUCUCAACCGAGCCCUGCUGGUCAAGCAGAAGCGAGAGAAGGUGCACUCCUGGACCAUUUCGCCCUACAAGUUCUUCUUUGUUGUUGUCGCAUGCGCGUUUGUCUACUUCUGGUUCCCCAGCUAUAUUUUCCAGGCUCUGUCAACCUUCAACUGGAUCACCUGGAUUGCUCCUGACAACCUCAACAUCAACAUCGUCACUGGUGCUCAGGGUAUGGGUGUCAACCCCUGGCCUACCUUUGAUACCAACAACAUGUUUGCGCUGUUUGAUCCUUUGGUUCUGCCACAGUUCACCGUUCUUAACACAUACGCUGGAAUGAUCCUUGGUGCCUCUGUUAUCCUCGGACUCUACUACACUAACACCAAGGGCACUGCUCACCUGCCCAUCAACUCCAACCGAAUCUUUGACAACACUGGAAAGUCAUACAAUGUUUCUCGAGUGCUUACUGAUGGAACCUUUGAUGACACCAAGUACCGAACCUACUCGCCCCCCUUCUACACUGCUGCUAACCUCAUGGUAUACUCCAGUUUCUUCGCCAUUUACACUCUUGGUUUUGUCUACAUUGGCCUAUCCGAGUGGUUUACCAUGGUCGAGUCUUUCCGAGAUGUGAAGCAGGCCUUCAUCGACAUCUUCAUGACCACGAAGUUCUACAUCAUGCGAAUAACCAACCGCAAGGCCACCCGACACGAUAUGGACAGUUCCCAGUUCACCAACCGACAGGACGAGCCCUUCUCACGAAUGAUUGCUGCCUACCCCGAGGUCCAGAACUGGGUCUUUAUUGGUCUCCUGGUGGUAUCUUUUGUCCUGGCGGUCAUUGCCAUUCGAGUGUGGCCCACAGACACUCCCAUCUGGGGUCUCUUCUUCUGCCUGGGUAUCAACCUCGUCUUCCUGAUUCCCUUGACUCUCAUUCUUGCAUACACUGGAUUCGGAUUCGGUCUCAACGUGCUCGUCCAGCUCAUUGUUGGUUACGCUCUCCCAGGUCAUCCUCAGGCCAUGAUGAUCCUUAAGGCCAUUGGCUACCAGGUUGAUGGACAGGCCCAAAACUUCAUCACCGACCAAAAGGUGUCUUACUACACUCACAUGCCCCCACGAGCUUUGAUGCGAUCUCAACUCAUUGGUACUCUGGUUGGAGCAUUUGUUUGUCUCGGUGUGCUCUACUACCAGCUUGAGAUUGAAGGUAUCUGCACUCCCGAGCAGGCCACCACAACCAAGUUCACCUGUGUGUCUCAGAACACCUUCUUCUCGGCCUCUGUCAUCUGGGGAGCUCUCGGUCCAGCCAAGAUGUUCCAGAUCUACCCUGCCAUGAAGUACAUGUUUCUGCUUGGUGCCGUCGUUGGUCUCAUCUUCUGGGCCGUGCAGUACCCUCUGCCCACUUUUCUGGCCAAGAAGUUCCCCCAGCACCGAGAGCGAAUUCUGUCUUUGCAGUCUACCCUGAAAUUGUUCAACCCCGUCAUCUUUGUUGGCGGUGUUCUCAACUUUGCUCCUUACAACCUGUCCUAUGCUACUGGCGGUCUGUACGUCUCCUUGCUCUUUUCCUGGAUCAAGCGACGAUAUUCUGCCUGGUGGCGUAAGUACACCUACGUUCUUGAUGCUGGUCUCAUCACCGGAAUUGCAUUCUCGGCCAUCAUCAUCUUCUUUGCAGUCCAAUACAAGGGAGUGGAGCUCGAGUGGUGGGGAAACACUGUGUCUUACGACAACCUGGACUUUAAGGGUGCCAUUCUGAAACCCCUGGCCGCUGGAGAGACCUUUGGUCCUUCGCCUGAGAACUUCCCUUAG